GCGUGAAAUCGAAGCGAUGGGCUCCUUUGAAGGCCACGUCAUUCCUGGAACGCUUUUCCUCCUGGUGGGACUGUGGCACCUGCGAUGCGGGAUUAAGAACUACCUCGCGGCGCCGCAAGCCUUCGUGUCGCGAGUAUGGCAUCCCGCGCCGCUCCCCGGGCACUGGUCGCGUCUCGAGCUGUACAUAAUAGUGGCGGGGUCGUUCCUCGAUAUGACGCUAGUGGAGCUCGGAGUCGGAACCGGGUUUCGCCCCAUCGAGAAUGGCGGCGUCGCUCCCGGCCAGCUGAAUAAUUUCGAGCACGCGUCCAUGCUGCUCAUGUUCUUCGUGCUGGGCUGCGCCGUUCUCGUCAGCGAAACCACCAGGUGAGCCUGCUGCCCCUCCCACAAGGCGCGUGCCACAUCAUAGCAGCGCUCGCCUUCCUCUGUGAAGGGUUGCUAUUCUCACUGCACUCCACGGCCCAUCACGGCCUAGAGCCGCGCUACCACCUGCUGUUGGCCCUCUGCAUUGCCACCUGUGUCGCCUGCGCGCUGCUGGCGGCGGCCUGCCCCCACUCCUUCCUUCUGGAUGCCGUUGGCAGCGCCGCCAUCGCCAUGCAGGGCCUCUGGUUCUGGCAGACCGCCAUGUCACUGUACGGCCCGUUCAUUCCAUCAGGCUGCCACCUGGAGCCCGACACAGUCUAUUGUGACUCUGAGGCGAGUGAGCACCGCGGCAUGGCUCUGGCCGUGCUGCAGUUUAUCGCCCUCCUUGCAUCGACUCUCGUGCUCGCGCUGGUCUAUUACGGCAUGGCUGCUCGCACUGCUCCGCGGUCGUCCCUGGAUUACAUUCGUGCAACGCAUGCUGUGAAUUGUAUCGAGGGCAAGGUUAGUGAGUGUGACAAUAAGGGAGAUAUCAUGCCAGGGUCUCUUGAUGAGCACGAGAGCAGCGUUAUGGAUAUGGAUGCUGCCGUAGAGGACACAAGUCUGUUAUCAUCAAAAUCAUAGCAAUGGGGAACUUGCCAGUGUGGCAUAAAGCUUGGCAUUUGUUCCUCAUGCGUGGGGCGAGGGGUUGCACAAUUAGGCUCAAUAAAAAUUGUUUCUGCCCCCUCGUGAAGUCCCCAGACUCGCCGUCUGAUGUUGCUUGUUCUCCGCAGAAAUCAGAGCUAAGGGUGGUACUGAUACUUCGGUGAGUGCUUGACUGCAAAUGUAACCAUUU